UUUUCUGUCAAGAUGUCAUGAACCCAGCCUUAGUCGCCAUAUUGUUUCCGGUGAUGCGCGUAUUGGAGCGCGUUGGGCAUGUUGGAGCAUGCGACGCGACAAACCUUUGAUCAACAUUUAUGGAUUCCUCCCUCUGAUAUUUGGAGGCACUCGGGUGAUAUUUCCGAACGCAGCCCAACAUGACACGAGUCCACAAGUCCACAAGUCCACAACGGUCCACGAGUGCGAAUUUGCGAAGUGCGAUGAGUGCGGGCCUAAAAUAUAAACAAUACGACAUGUAAAUUAUAUCAUCGAUUACAUCGAUGGUUAACGGAGAUGUACACAUUGCUGCAUGGUUUGUACAAGUAUUUGAUGCAAAAGGACGAGUACUUUAUAUUAAUUUUAGGACUCGAUAAUGCGGGGAAAACGACUUACCUCGAGGCGGCGAAGACGAAAUUUACGAAAAAUUACAAGGGUAUGAAUCCGAGCAAGAUUACGACUACUGUAGGCUUGAACAUUGGCAAGAUCGACAUCGCUGGAGUAUCUUUUAAUUUCUGGGAUCUCGGUGGUCAAGAGGAACUUCAAUCUCUGUGGGACAAAUAUUAUGCAGAAUCUCACGCUGUGAUUUAUAUUGUUGACUCGUCUGAUCGUGAUAGAAUACCAGAUUCCAAAGAAACUUUUGAUAAGGUGAUAUCAUCUGAGCAUCUAAUUGGCGUACCAUUAUUGGUACUAGCAAAUAAACAAGAUGUACCUGAUUGUAUGGGUGUCAGAGAAGUGAAGCCAAUAUUCAAUCAAAGUGCGCAUUUAAUUGGUAGAAGAGAUUGCAUGGUGAUGCCUGUAUCAGCCCUUAAUGGGGAUGGAGUAGACGAAGGCAUACAUUGGUUGGUGGAUUGCGUCAAAAGAAACAGUGAUAUACGACCGCCUCGUAAUCAGGACGACAAUUCCUUAUCUUAGCUGUGACAUCCCUAUUCUUUGAUAUAUAAAAAGAAUGUAUCGCACACAGGUGAUAGGAUAGAACGUUCAUUUCUUUCUAAGAAUAUUCUAAAAUUUACGUAAAAUGAUUUAUCAGAUCUUGCUUGGAACUGGAUUUGUAUGAGUGAAUGCCUGAUAUCAAGGUAGUCGCCGAGAUAAGAGAUAAUGUCCACACCUUGUCUCGAUGCUCUAUUAUGUUAGUGAUAAAGAAUGUACAAAACUGAUCGCGCAACUGUAGGUACUCUGUUUGAUAUAUAGGUUGUGAUUUUUGUGCGGUGCAUUUCUUUUUGGUCGUAAGCUUCUUAUUUAUUUAACAUUAUCACAUACUAUGUGGCCUUACUAUGACACCGAGGAUUGGAGUGUCUUGCCGCCGGAACUCAACAGAAGGUGAUUUAUUCAGCUUAUAAUGGGAGCUUUCCAACAAAAGACAUAGGAAUUAUUUUGUUUUUCUCUUUCAUUCAUCAAUAUAUCGAAUGAAGACAAAAUGAUUCCUGUAUGUCGAUAUGUGUUUCUUGUUGAGAAACUCUCAUACAGACUGUGUUCCGAUAUUCGCUGCUAGUACUGAAAAUCUAUAAUCUAUAGUAUACGUUACGUGCACUAUAGACUUUUAGCACUGAACGCAGCCUACAUGAGAGUUUUCCAGUAAGAGACUAGUUGAAUACAUACUAUACAUAAACCUAUCGAUAAAGAAAUUGUUUUGUAGCAGAACAUUUAUCACUCGAAAUUGUACAUUGUAUGAUUGUGUCUGAAGAUUGAAAUUAUCUGUAGCAUUUUAAGAAACUUCUCUAUGAAGGGAAGAGAUUAUAUUAAUAAACUAAUUGAAGCAUGUA